UGCUGAGCAGUAAAGCAGGCAGGGAAAGGCCGGCAGAGGCCCGGCUCCGGCAGCUCCGGCUUCCCUUCUACUCUGGCUCGCUUGGUGCUGCUCUGGAAUUCUCUUGGUGCCCGCCAUUGCCAUGCACUUGGCUGGGCUUUACGGGACCGAGUCACCCAUGAGCAGGCAGGAAGAGAAGGAUGCAGAGCUGGACCGGAGGAUAGUUGCUCUUCGCAAGAAGAACCAGGCCUUACUACGCAGGUACCAGGAGAUCCAAGAAGACCGUCGGCAGGCGGAGCUGGGAGGCAUGGCUGUGAGCACACAGGAACUCCUCCAACCCGAUGGCCUCACUGUCACCAUCAGCCAGGCUCCUGGCGAGAAGCGGGUGGUCAGCCAGAACUGGACAAGGUGUGCCCUUGGACCUGGAGCAGCCAAUGAGAUGCUUGAGGAUGAGGCGGCUGAGGACCACACGGGUACUUUCUGCUUGGGGGAACGGGUGGAGCUGGCCGUGACCAUGGAAAACAAAGCUGAGGCCAAGCGGAUUGUAAGUGAGAAGCCUGCCAGAGCAAGGAACCAGGGGGCUGAAGGAUCACCUGGAGGGGGCUUGGGCCGGAGCUCUUCUGUGCAAAUGCCUGGCACCUCAGACUCUACACAGAAGGGAACUUGUGAGCCCCAGCGUCCAGGCUCAGUCCCAGGCUCAGCUCUCUGCUGGCCAGCUGGGAGGCCCCAGGUGAUGGGCUGGGACUAUGCCCAGUGGAAGCAGGAGCGGGAGCAGAUCGACCUGGCCCGCCUCGCCCGGCACAGAGAUGCACAGGGUGACUGGCGCCGUCCAUGGGACCUGGACAAGGCCAAGCCCAUGCAACAGGAUACUGGCAAGCCUCAGGAAGAGGGCUCAGCCAGGGUGGGCACUACCAGGGGUCCCAGAAGCUACCGGAAGAUCCCGCCCUCACCAAUGUCCCCUGAUGGCAAAGGUGGUACUGUGCGAGGUGGACCAGCCAGCAGACCCUCUGUGAUGCCAGCUACACAUAGCAAAGCCCGGGGGAUGGAGAGGCUGACUGGCAGGGCCCGCAGGUGGGAAAUGAAGGAAGACAAGGAGCUGGAGAGCCAGAAGGGAAGCCAAAGUAAUAGAAAGACUCUGAGCAAGGAGGAACAUGCACAGAAGCAGAGCAGGAUGGAGCCUGGCAGACCCAGCAACCAGCAAGUAGCCCCAGCAUCUCCAGAGGGGCCAAAAGGGGAGUCAGGAGCUUCACCAGCCAGUCUGGUCCCUGGCUGUCCACAGAACAAUGACUUGGUUCCCCUCGACCUCUCACUAGGAAGGGCCAGUAGUCCUGGGCCUGGGGAGAGAGUGUGUGUGCUCAGUACAGGGCCUGAGCCCCGGGAAAGCCCUGUGUCCUGGCCAGACGGUUCCAAGCAGCCCCUGGGAUGGAACAACCCCCAGGAUGGGCCAGAAGUCCAGACUUGCUCUGAGCCACAAAGAGGAAAAGGGCCCCUAGAGCCCAGAGAAGACAGGUCUGGCAAGACUGGGGCCCAGCAGGGCCUGGCACCACGAGGCAGGGCCCCCAGAGGAAGCAGCCAAAGGGCAAGGGCCACAGGAGGCAUGAGGAACAAGACAGAGCAUCCUGGCCCUGCAGGAAGAUGCUGAGCAAAGCUCCUGGGAGCAGAGGGGCAGACUGGGGAGAGGAAGAGGAGGGAAAGCAGACAAGAGUCUGCUGUGUUCUGGGCAGACACCUACCUGGUUGCUGGUGUUUGUGGCAGACUGGCUGUGCAGUUUGGCAGCCUCUCCAGUGGAGUGACACUGUUAGGGCAAGGACUGUUCUUCUCUGCACCUCACAUGCACCUCCCACAUACACGCGUGCUUUCACCUGAAGGUACAGCUCCUGCUAUCUUCCUGCACUACACCUGGUCUCUGGGGCUGGCGAGCCCUAUCCUGGGCCUGCUGCUGCCCAGGCCACAGGCUGCCCCACCCUGGCAAGAGCGCACGGCUUGGAAGCACUCAACACGUGGCUCGCCAGGCCUCCCUCUCCAGCUGGCAGCUGCCAGCUCCUCAGGUGCAGGCAGCCUCAGCAGCUGGCAUGGCCAGUCCAGGCCUGGGCCCUUUCCCAUGCCCCUGUCUGCAUCCAGGUGACUCACAGCUCCAGACUCAGAGGAUGGCUAAACCAGGGGAAUUUUGGCAAUCAGCCAGCAGUCCUUUGCUUUUCCAGAAGAGGAGACUGAGGCCGAGAGAAAUGGAGGCCACAGCUGUCAGGGACUGAACAGGGCUCAGGUCUCAUCUGAAAAAGGGAGGGUCCCUGGAAAGGCCUCCUCUCUGGAAGGGGGAGGUUGGGUGGGCAGGGGACAGCCUCCUCACCCCACAGUAGGGUGAGAGAGCCCACUUUCAGGGACCCUCCUCCACACUCAGGUCAGACCUCAGGUGUACCCUGAACUGGGGCAAGGGGGCAGCCCUGCAGCUCGGGGUUGUUUCCUGCCAUCUUCUACUUCCUCUGUCCCAGCACCUUCUUGCACCAUGGUCAUGCAAAAGUGAGGACUCAAACGGGGACUCAAGAGACUGAGAAAUAGCAACUCCAGCUAAGUGCAUCAGGACUUGUCUUUCCUGUUUCCCUCCCCUGAGGCCCACGGCUGGUGAAUUAUCUGGUGAAUUAUCCAGACUCUGCACAAGCUGUGGCUUCCUCUCAAUUCAACAAACAUUUCCUGAGCACCCACUACCCGCAAUGCAGCCAGUGGGCGAUAGUGACUCUGCCAGCAGGAGGGAGGGAAGUCAUCCGGCAGAUCCAGGAUGCACAGCAGGAGCCAUUAUUGGCUGUAGGUGCCCGGCAGGAGCUGGGAAUGGUAACAGGAGCCCACAGGGAGCCAUCCCACCUCUGCUGGCAAAGCAAGGGCUCCUCCCUUUCUCAUCGUGUCUGCCCUCUGCUCCCAAGCCCUUGUCUGGAUCUACACCCACGGCCCCUGCUGCUCCCCUCCUCUCUGCUGAGGGUCUCAGGCCUCACCAGGCCCUCUAGGUUCCCUAGGGAGUGUCCAGAUCAUCCCCAGGAUGUCUUCAUUGUCAAAAUGAGGCCUAAAUUGGGGCCAGUGUGUGUUUCAGCCUGUUUCCUCACUGGCUUUCUCUCCACCCUCCACCCCCUAUAUUCAGGAAACAUAAGGAGGGGGGUGUCUUUUUAGCAGAUGUUGUUUAGAGCAGUGCCUUUCACACGUUAAGAUGCAGAGUAAUGAAUAUUUUAAUUCAGUAAGUCUGGGGUGGGCCUGGGAAUUUGCAUUAUCAAUAGGCUCCAGGUGAUACCUAUGCUGCUGGUUCCUGGACCAGAAUAUAUGGAUGGCUAGGGUAAAAGAUAGACUUUAGGCUCUAAGGGCUGGUUGCUGUCUCUGUAGGGGAUGGGGGAGGGCUGCCCCAUGCAGGGUGGGAGCUUUUUGGCUUCAGAGCUGGGUGGGAAGCCAGACACCUGGGAAGAUAUUUGAGAGGCCAGUGAGUGGGUGUUGCCACUGUCCCGUAGUGGGGAGAAGGACGCUGAUUGGGAAUGGGAUGGGAUGAAGGGGAGGAAGACAUUGGUGUAAGGUUGACCACAGGAAUUUUGGACAGGCUUGAGAAUAUUCCAAUGCUUAUGGGAAGAAGGUCCCUGAGACACAUGAAUAGGCAUGGGUGAAAGAGUUCAAGCCUGUUUUCCUCCUGCCUUCCAUGCAUAUAUACAGGACAUCAUAGCAUGGUACUGGCCCUGGAACCCGUGGCUCCCAAAGGAUGGAGCUGGGGUAGUGCAGGUUCAGGCAGAGCCCUUGAAUUCAGACGUCUCCAAAAAUAAUUGUGAUCAAGAAUUUGAAUUCUGAGAUUCACAAACUGCUCCCCAAUCCUGAGUGCUGCCAAAUGUACAGAUGUGCCUUCAUUAAAGGGUGUAUGGCAAGGCAUGUUUGACUAUGGGGAUGGGGAUGUAGAAUUUGGGCAGAGCUCUAGGUCAGCCCUCACAAUGGGACCUAAACAGGAGAGAAAGCUGGCCAGAAGGGCUGGAGAAAUUAGGCUUCUCUCCCUGAGGUGACAUCUAGAAGGGCAUUAGGAGAAAGGAUGUCAUAGGGGUCCCUAGGGAUUGGAGAGAAUGGAGGCUGGCAUAGGACAUCUUCAUUGUAGGAAGAUUGAAUGCAAGACAAGUUAUCACUGAGCUUUUCUCAAAAAAAGGGGAGCCCUUCUUCAGAAUAAGGGAUUCAGCAGCUAUGGUGGCCACCUUCCUGCUCUAGGAUGGAAUCAGCUGUGAUGCAGGAGGGAUGCCCACAAACCUGGUGGUCGUGGAAGGCUUGGAAGAUCCCCAGGUCUCUUCCUGGCUCCUUUAUUUAAAGGCCUGGCUGGCAGCCUGUGCUUGGAUGCUCUUCUCCUCACCAAUUAGUAGACUAGACGACUCCUCAAAGGUGCGAAGUCCUUCAGGAGACGUGGCUCUCAGGAAUCCAAGCACAGAGCUGGAAGAACUGAGAAGGGAGGGUAGACAGCAUGGUAGGGAGCCAGUAGAGGGAUGACAGCUUUACCUAAGGCCUCAAAACAAGACGGGCGGAAGAGGUGGAAGACAUCUCUGCCCUGGACCCACACCACCUUGCAGAGGGGAGAGGCAGGCCACAUACCACAAGGGAGGAGUGUUUUUGAUGACAGGCAGCAUAGUAGAGUGGAACAGACAUGGGUCUUGGAAUCUGGUAGACUGAAAAUGAAUCCUAGGUCAGCCACCUGCUAGCUGGGUGAACUUGGUCAAUUUUAACCUCUAAAAGUCUGUUUUCUCAUCUGUAAAACAAGGCUAGUAGUACCUACCCUGAAGGGUUGUUGAGAAAAUUAAAGAGUAUGCAAAAUAUACCUGGCACACAGCAGGCAAUCAGCAAAUAUAUAUAUUUGUUGAAUAAAUGAAGUAGCUAUUUGGCGUGAUAUGUCUA